GUUUUGUGUUGUGCGUAGUUGUGGUUGAGUUUCUGAUGGCUUGAUUAAUUUUGUUAUUAUUUUAUUUUACCAAUUCCAACAAAUAAUUUCGUUACGAGCUUGACCAGAUAUGGCGCUGUUACCUCCAGACCCUGUUUAUACGAUCAGGAACGUGGACAACGUUCCUGUUUAUUCGUUGGCAUUUAGCUUUUUGCCUGGCGGUCUCGAGAGGUUACUAGCCGGCUCAAAAAACGGCUACGUUUAUGCAUACAACCUUCAGACAAAUCGUGUGCAGCAGAAAAUCCAAGUUGGUCAAGCUCCAAUUCUUCACCUCAUUCAUACAGAUAAUCAUCUCAUAACGCAGGAGAAAGGCGGCAAGUUCAAAAUAUUUAGUUUAACAAACUCUGGAUAUGAGGAAGAUGCACUUAUCGACAUUGAUUACCCUGGUUUCUGCCGUUUUGACGCCAACACAAAACUCGAAGCACUCUAUGUACCUGACAAGGAUUCUAAAAUUCAUAUUUACAACUUUUCUGGAGAAAAAGUAGGUUGUUUGGAGCCAGACUCAUCACUGAAGCUGGGAGAACCAAUGUGCUUGAAAUUCAUUGAAUUUCCUUGCGAUCGGCCUUGCUUGCUGGCUGGAUACGAAGCAGGAUGGCUCCUCCUGUGGGAUCUCAACACUAGUCAAUGUAUCAGCAAGCUGAAGACCAGUGAGUGUCCGAUGUCAGUUGAUUUCCACCUUGAACAGCAAAGAGGUAUGAUUGGAAAUGCCUCGAAUGUGAUACAGAUCUUUAGUAUAGGGAGAAAAGACUUAAGCUUGGCUCACAAGUUGGAUAUAACAAUUAAGAACCCAGGUACAAACAAAGUUCAGACCCGGUCAGAUGGAAAGGUGUUUGCUUCUGGAGGUUGGGAUGGCCAUAUUCGUAUUUUCUCCUGGUUUUCUCUCCGACCUCUGGUAGUACUGACAGAGCAUAAGCAAGCUGUCCAAGAUGUGGUCUAUUCUACCGAGAAGGUGUCGUUUUGGAAUGCAAAGAUAAUGGCUGCCGGAGGACUUGAUGGUGCUAUAACUCUGUGGGAUUUGUAUAAUACCAAACAGUAAAGCAUUUAACUUUUUCUAGUAGAUUAUAGAAUAUUACCAAGCUCAG